UUAUUAAUGUGAUGAAGAUUCAUUUUAUUGGCUUAUGCAGAGGGCUUGCUUUCUUUGCCCUCAUUGUUUCUGAAAAAAUGUAAAAGUGAAGAACACCCUUAGUAAUGGACAGGAUAUAGCCUGCAUUUGUUGGUGACUGUUCUGUUUCUAAGGCUUACUAAACUUUUGGCGUGAUUAUGUGAAAAUGCUUGUUUUGGGGGUGUUUGAGGUUUUUUGGAGUUCUAAUACAAUCUUUUUUCAUCUCUGUAUGUGGAUGACAGUGGUUUCCUAGUGAAGCACUGGUGUGUUUUUAUGACACAUGUAACUUUGUGGGCCAUUUAGUUUCAGGUCAUUUGUGAGCAACAAAGGUUAGUUCAUUUUAUUCUAUAAAACUGAAAAUUCCAGUGACUUCAACAGAUGGUUUCUAUUUGGUUUUGCAAAUUACCAAUUGCUACCAUUCAGAACAUUUUCUCAGAGGUGGUUUUGUUUUAUUUUUUAUUUUUUGCUCCUUGAAAUGUGUAAAAUGCAAUAGUAAUCAGAUCUUCGGUUCUAUAAACAAGCAUUAAGUAGAGCCCAAUCAAUAUAAAAACAAAUUAACUGGGCAUUAUGACAGCUAGUACAAUGUUUCACCCAAUUUUAUGUGUUGCAUAGGUUAUGUAUUUUUAAGCUUUGUAUUUUGAAGAUGAUUCAGAUGUAACCGUUUUGACUGAAUGGUUAAAUCUUUGCUUUAGGAAUUUCUGGCUGUGAAUAGACCAUCAAAUGUGGGCUUGAGUUAUUGUAGCUGUUUUAGGUCGUGCGUUUUCAGCAGGGGUGAUAGUGCCCCCAACAGGGGAAAAUUGACUUUGGAAAGGUGAAAAAGCCUUACUCUCGGUCUGGAAAGCACAGAUAUACACUGAUAAAAGGAUAUGUAGAAUAUCUGUACUAAGAUUUCACAGGGGGACAAGAGGGCUGAAAAGGCUCCUACUUGGUAUUAGUCUGGGGGUGAGGGUAGGGAUUGACAGUAAGAUCAAAAGUUGGAUGACACUGGUGUUAUGGGUAGAGUCAUCUUGUCUACCAGUCUGCAUCUUCCUAAUAUUUCAAAUGCCAAACAUACGUGGGAGAAACCCCAAUCUUGAGCUCCACUUUCCUGUGACCAGCCUUAUCGUUGGAUCUCAGUGCCGCACGGUAGGUAAAGGGGGAAUCCCAUUUUGAGCAUAGGUAGCAGGAGAAGGAAGUGUGACCUGCUUCAAGCAGGUAAGACUUUUUAGGCUGUCAAGGCUUUGAUUAAAUCCACACAACAGAAAUCCUUUGGAUAUGCUGGCCUCACUGAGUUUUAAAGUAUUUCCAUCCUGCUUUACACUUGAGCUUAGCCAAAACCCCGAGAAGCGAUUCCAUUCUACUUUAAAGCAUCCGUUUAUUUCGUGGUACAAGAGAUGAGACUAAGAAUUGUUGGAAAUAAGUAAUAUUCUUUAGCGGUUCAGCUCUUUUAAAGUGCACAAACACCAAAUAUUUGUUAGGUAUCCUGGGUACAGUGAAGUUUUAAAUUUAUUGUUAACAUAAAUUUGUUUAAUUGGGCAAUGAAGAAAGCAAUUGGAUUCCCAUGUGACAGCAAACAUUGUGCAAGGCAGAUGUAGCGUUGUAUGCUUCCUCAUACUACUGCUACCAAGUUCUUUUCUUACAUGUCAGAAUUUCCUUCCAAAAAUGAACCUGUGUAUACUGAGAUUAUAUCCACCUAGCCUCCAGCUAAUUUAACUUAUUUCUGAUAGUAAGGAAAGGGUUGCCUAUAAUUAAGCAGAAGUUUUGGCCUAGAUGUGACUAGCUGGUGAGAGAUAAUGAGGUAUAUCAUAUUGGUUAUAGAAAUAUGUUUAUUAAUGGUUUUGUUAUUAAAUUGCAGUUUAGUGUGAGAUGGUAAUGGUUCAAGACACUGGCAUUUGAAUAUUAUUUUUUUUUGAGAUAAAAAUGCUGCAGUUUCAUGAUGCUCUACAGUAGAAAGCCCGUGAGCGUAUGUUCCUCCGUACCUUCCCCACUUCUAACCACCUCUUUUCCAGAAUGGAUGGUGAUGCUAAUUCUGUCCCCAGGUUGUCUCCUCUCUGCUUUCACCAGGCACAGUCCUCGGCACAAGGGAUAUCAGAAUGUUUUCCAAAAGUUCCUCUUCAUCUUGACCUUGUAGUUAAAUUUGUUGAAUGCUAUGCUUUGAUACACACACCUGGCCUAAGCUAGUUAUUCAUUUAUGAGUAUGGCUGGUGCUUGGAGCUUUCAUGUCACUGUGACAUAUUAAUGGUACCCAGGAUGCAACGGAGCCCCCUGUAUCUUACAUCUUGAAUACAGUAGUUCUUGUAUGACUAAUUUUUUUAUUUAAAAUCCAGAUUCAAACCUGUGCAUGAGUCUUUACUAUUGAGCCCUUACAAAGAUGAUUUUUGGAAUAAGAGUAUAGUGUUUGUACACACAGAUGAUUCCAUGUAGUACUGGAGGGAGUAUGAUCUCGCACUCCCAAACACAUUUAUUACCACAUUGGAUAGAGGUGCGAGAGAACAAAGGGACACAAAUGACAGCAAAACUGUUUCUGAGCACAUUUUCAGGCACAUUUGCUCUGAGCACUUUUUCCUACAAUGUGAGAUGAACAGAGUGGGUGGGAACUGUAUAUAAUUGGGAAUGUGAUUGAGAUGAGGUUAAAUAUCACCUCUUGUUGCUUUUAUGGUGGUGAGUCCACUUUUCUCUCUCCCUUACCUCUAGUUGUUACAAUCUUACCAAGACAUUAGGGCAUUAUAAAAUAAAGAUACCUCAGACCCCAAUGUGUCGAAAGCCUGGGCUGGCUGUGAUGUCCUAGUGUGUACAUAAUCUCCUUUAUCUCUCAUUAGUUUUCCGAUGUCCAACCAUUCAUUCAUUUUUUCCCCCAAGGAGUGUUUUUUGAGCACCUAGAAUAUCUAGGCACUGAUCUAGGGGCUAGGAAUGCAACAGGAAAUAAGACGAUGUUUCAUUCCCUUGGAACUUGUACUCCAUAUGUGACAGGUGGAGGUGGACAGUAUGCAAAUCUGAAACAUGUGCAAGAUGAAGAAAUUCCUGUAGGGGGAGGAAAUGCUGCCUGGUGGGUAGGGGAGACCUCUGAUUUGGUCGUAUUAGUGCAAGGCCCUGAAGGAAUUGAGGGAGGCAGAGGCCACCGUCAGUGCAUUGGCUGUGGUGGGGCAGGAAUUUGGCUGGGGUGUUUGACUGUUAGCUUGGGGAGCAGUGUGGCUGGAGGGGGUUUGUAAGUAGAGGCCAGAAGUGCAAUCAUGGAGGUCAAAGAGGUAGCCAGGGCAUAUCAUGUCAAGUAUGGCUGUGCUCCCACGAAAUUUUAUGGACACUGAAAUUUGAGUUUUAUGUAAUUGUCAUGCAUCAUGAAGUCUUUUGUUUCAGCCAUUUAAAACUAAAAGAUCCUUCUUAACUCAGAGACCAUACCAAAACAGGCUGCAGGCUGGGUUUGGGCCACCAGUCAUAGUUUGUGAGCCAUGUUAUAUGUCAUUACACUGCUUACCUUAUCUAUGGUUGCAUUGGUGCCAGACAUUUUUAUUUGCUUGUGUAUUGGUUUAUUACUUGUCACCACCCACUAGAAUGAUAGCUUAUUGAGAAGAGGAACUUGAGAUUGUCUUGCUUACGGCAGUGUUCCUGUCACCUAGGGCCAAGCCUGUAACAGAGUGGUUACUAAAACAGUGCAUUUGUCCUAUGUGAUCCAUGAGAGAUUGGUUCCAAGACUCACUGCAGAUACCCAAAUCCAUGGAUUAAAAAGUCCCUUGUGUAAAGUGGUGUCAUAUUUUCAUAUAACUUGUGCACAUCCUCCCAUACUUCAAAUCAUCUCUUGAUUACUUAUAAUAUCUAGUACCAUGUAAAUAUCAUGCAAAUUGUUGUUAUGCUAUAUGGUUUGGAGAAUAAUUGCAAGAGAAGCAUCUGCACAUGUUCAGUAUAGAUGCAGCUUGGCAGGGGUAUGUUUUCAGUUUGCUGCUGGUUGAGUGCAUGGAUGAGGAGCCCACAGAUGGAUCCAGAGGGCUGGCCAUAUUUGUUGAAGGACUAGGCUUAUAGGAUUUUAAGAUAUCUAGGAUAUGAACUACUGCUUUAGUAGCCACAACAUUUAUUUGCAUCAUGGCCAGUCUGUUUUCAUUAUUUCUAAAAAACUCGGAAGCAUUUUUCUAAGGCAGUGUAUUCACCAUGUGCUGUUUUCCUGUGGGCGUAGGAUGGGAUUUGAGCAGAUGUAUCAGAGUCCUGGAGUGUCCUUUCAGCCACAAGCCAUCCUGUAAGGUGUUCAUGUAUGUAUAGGAGCCAGAGUUACAGAAGGAAGUCACUUUAGCCCAUCUUUCCAGCCUGGUGCUCACAGAAAAAAAGAUGAACAGAAUAGCAUGUGGCUGCACAGCAAGUCUGGAUCAACUUGGACACCCUGAUGCUUUACUUCAUUCCUGAGAACCUAAGAUUUGCUCCAUAUGUUUUUAUCUUAUGCUAGGUGAAUUGUGAAGACAUAGUGAAUUAGUCAGAUACGUCAUUAGUCAGGCUAGGCUAGGACAUGCUGCAAUAACAGAUCUCAGGGGCUCAAAAACCACAGAGGUUUCUUUGUUGCUCGCAUCAUAGGACCAUCAAGAGGAAGCUGGUUUGAGCAUCUAUAGCUUGAACGCUGUAAAUCACUCUGACAGAAGGAGGGAGAGUCUCACAUAGGCAGUUAAAUGCUCUGGCCUAGAAGUUACACAAAUCACUUCCAGCCACAGCCCCCUUGGCCCAUUCCUAUAUCACAAGGGGCCAGGAUGUGCAGUCCUAACAUGCACUCGGAAGAUGGAAAACUGGCAAUAUUUGGUGAAUAGUAUUAAUGACUAUCAUGUACAACUUUGAUUACUUAAAUGCUUCUGAGCAUUCCUUUGACUACAAUGUCAAAACAUUCCCAGCCUUACAGCAAUGCUGGAGAAUGAACUGUAAUAAAAUAGCUUGGCAGGGGCAGAUGAGACAGAGUAGAAAGAAGAAAAUCCACUGGUUUCCAUCGUGCUCCUUUAAUGUGUGGAGACCUAUGCUUGCUUUAAGAAAUCAGCGUCCGUACUCAGAGCACCUUUAGUGGGGAUGUGAACCCACCAUGACUGGAUAGUCGGGCAAAGUGUGCUGCAGGAAGCCAGCUUUACUUCUGCUGUUCAGGAGGCUCCUCCCUGGGCACAGGAAAGCUGUACACUUCGUACACUGGGCAUUCGUGCCAGGCACGUGAGUGGAAAUGAUGUUUCUAUAAAAUAAAGAUGUCUUAGUUAUGUGCGUGUGUUACCAACAGCCAGGGAGUUCAGUUUGGCCUGUGGGAAGGAUAUUUUUAAUGCCCGAAACUUUAAGUAAUAACGUAAAUUUUUAUAAUGAGUUUCUUUUUGUCAUUCACUGCAUAUUGGAGAUAAGCAUUGCUUUCCUGAAACCUAAAUUUGGCUCAAAUCAUUUCUAGAGAGAAAAUGCUGCUCUGUUGUGGAGAAAACUCAGAAGCGUGUAAUUCUGAUUGAAUGAGUACCCUGGAUUCUUCCCAAGAGACUGCACAAAAGAACAGAGUAGGAUGAAAAAGUAAAAGCAAGCUUGACAGUGAUGUGCUUGGUUCAUCCAUACAUUGUCACAAGACAGGAUCACUGGGCAUUUCGACAGUGCGGAGGACAAUGGUAAAGGCAGAGGAGAAAGAGAUGAGUGGAUGUUGAUGUGGGGCCACUAGAUCUUUAGGAAGAGCCGUGAAAGGGGGUACUGGGCUGACUGCUAGUAGCACAGCAGGGCUGACAGUAAAGUUUUACAUAAAAAUCCUCUUCCCUGAGUGGCUUAUGCUACUCUGGUUGAAAUGGGGCUGUAGCAGUUGCCUGUUGCCACAAUAGUGCCAUGUAACAAACCAGUCCAAAUUUCAGUGACUUAAAUAACAAUCAUCAAUUCUUAGGUCUCUGUGGCUCAGCUGGGAGUCAGCAUCAAGGCUCAAGCCACAGGUUGAGUGAGGCUCUACCCCACAUGUCUCUUCUCCUCCUUGCCUCACUGGGCUACUGGAGCACAUGCCAGCAGUGAUGGUGGAAUCGUAGGAGAACCAUGCAAUCAGAUCUCUGCUUGCAUCAUGUCCUGUAAGGCCACAUUGGUCCAAACAUAUCACAUGACCCAAGAUCAGAACGAAGAGGAAUUCUACUGCUCCCUUAGAGGGAAUCAGAAUGAAAUUGCUUUGAACAAUAACUGAGUCACUGUAAAGACAUUAGGCUGGUGAUUUUUUAGAUCAGUAAUAGCAAGGCUGUAAUGGACAUAUUCUCUUGUUAUUCAGAGCAUACUUUUAAUUUUUUUCCCAAAGAAACCUUUUAUUCAAGGAAUACAGACUUCAUGCAUCUCAUAAGUACAACUUUAGGAAUAUAGUGAUUCUUCCCACCAUACCCGCCCUCCCACCCCUCCUUCUCCUCCCUCUCCCAUUGCCAGUCCCAUUCUCCACUAAGAUACAUUUUCAAUUAACUUUAUACACAGAAGACCAACUCUAUACUAAGUAAAGAGUUAAACAGUUUGCAUGGAAAAAAGAACUGUUCUUCAACAGUUCAAACAAGGGCUAUUCAAAGUCUUUGCAUCUCAGAGUUAAUUUCACUUUUUUUUUAGAAACUUAACUUUAAAGAAUUACCCAAGAAUGAUACAUCUUUUGUGAGCACUUAGACAUAACUAUAACUUAUGAGACAUAAGAAUAUCCUCCACUUACUACAUUAAAACUUGUUCACAAGGACUUACUUUCUUUUAUUGUUAAUUAAGGAAGCACCUAAGAAAACAAGCAAUGGAGUUAGACACUUAAACAUAACUAUAACUAUGAGACAUAAGAAUAUCCUCCACUGAGUACACUGAAACGAAAUAGAUCUUUGAGAACAAGUUUCACUGUUAACUCUCAUAAUACAACUCUGAGGACAGAGGUCCCGCAUGGGGAGUUAGUGCAGUGACUCUUACUAUUAAUUUAACAAUUAGCACUCUUUUGUAUGACGUCAGUGAUCACCCAAGGCUCUUGACAUGCGCUGCCAAGGCUAUGGAAGCCUUCUGAAUCUACAAUCUCUGUUAGAAUUUUAGACAAGGCCAUGAGCAAAGUGGAAGUUCUCUCCUCCCUUCAGAGAAAAGUACCUCCUUCUUUGAUGGGCGCUUCUCACUCACUCACGGACAUCCUUCAUGUAGGCUUGCUUUUUUUGCCACAGUGUCUUGGCUUUCUAUGCCUGAAAUGCAGAGCAUACUUUUAGAGGGCCUGGAGCUGUCUUAUCACUCAAGCCCAUCUCACACCCAUCUGUUCCCACAUUUCCUAAACACAGCUACGCCGAGUGGAAACUCAGGCAUUUGAGUAGAGCACAGAUUUAAAACAUGCAAAGGGGGACAUAGACAUUUCUCCAAAUGCAGGAUGAUUUGGCUGGAGAGAAAAUCAUCAACAACCUCAUCAAACCGGAGGACAAGGAGAUCUCUGCCUUCUUGGUUCCCUCAUAUCUCCUUAAAACACCCGGACAGCCACACUCAACACAAAUGUGCCCACAUGCAUACUUUUCCUGCAGUUUCCCUCUAUCUAAGUCUCAUCAAACACUGCUGGAUUUCUCAUCAAUACAUUCAAAGGAAAGAACCACAGAGCCAUCAGUAGCAUGAGGUCCCGAGACGAAGGACAACCCCACCACACUCCCAAACAGCCAGGUUUCUGGACCAGGCCAUUGGCAGGUUCCACCUGAGCAGUCACAGCAGUGUUAGGCACAGCAACAAUGUUCAGUUGGGAUGCCCCAUGCCAUCAGGCAUCAUCUGUGCUGCGUGAGGCCAGACCCUAACGACAAAACACAGACGCCUAAGAAGUGGCUUCGUUUUUUUCUUUAUGCACCUGUGGAGAUGUAUGUGAAACCUGAGCAGAUACUUUAAAAGUAGUGUUUCUUCUGAAAACAACUCCUAGAAGUGUUUUUUUUAAAAGGAGAAAGUAAUAUUUUGUCCUUAAUUUACUCUGGAAAAAUUGUGGGUUUUGCGAUUUUCAUGUUUAAUACAUGUAUAGAUUUCAGUAGCCACAAUCACAGUCAGGACACAAAACUCUCUCAUCGCUCCCCACAUGCUCUUCUGCCACCCUUUUGAAGUCAGACCCUCCUCCCAACCUCUAUUCUCUGUUCUCUGCCAUUAUCGUUGUGGGUUUUUGAGAAUGUCAUAUAAAUGGAGUCAUACAGUCCGUAGCUUGAUGAGAUUGGCUUCUUUCACUCAAAAUGCCUUUGAAAUCCAUCCAAGUAGCUGCAUGUACCUGAGGUUCAUUCCUUUUUUUUUUUUUUUUUUUUUGCUGAGUAGUAUUCCAGGGAUUGCUUAACCGUUUACCCAUUGGAUGACAAAUGGGUCGUUCCCAGAUUUUUGGCUGUUAUGAAUAAAGCUACCAUAAACAUUCAUGUACAUAUUUUUGUGGGAGCAUAGGACUUAAUUUAUCAAGGGAAGUUCCCGGGAGUAGGACUGCUGUAUCGUAUUGUGAGCAUAUGUUUAUAAGAAACUACCAGCACAUUUAAAGGUGGUUUUGGACCAUUUGAAUCCAGGCUGUCUCUUUUCCAAUAAGCUGUUUGUCCAGACAGUAGAGUGGUUUAUGAUAUUAGGCAAAACUUCCUUUUGGAGGAUAUUGUUUCCACUUGAGAGUUAUGGGAGGCAAAGUCACAAAACAUCAACUUAGCCUACAAGUCCAGCAUGACCCUGGAAGAUUCCUUGACAGAUGGGGAGGGAGAACAUCUGUGGCAGACAGCUGAAAGCAGAGCAUGACAGUGCAACUUGGACCCCAAAACAGGGAAAUUUGGUGGUUUCUGCUAAACCUUAGCCAUCAAGUUAAAGAUGAAAUGCAAAAACUGUUCUUUCAGCGAAACAGAAGUUUCUAAGAGGUCAUGGGCACACUGAACUGCUUGUAUUGUAACCUCAUCCCCCACUACCCCAACCCACUGCACAGGGCUGAGUAAUAAGAGAACAGGGACCAUAGGCAACUCUUCUAAAUUGCUAUGCAAAUCUAGGGAAAGCUGUGUGAAAUAUAUUCCCUCUGUAAGUCACCUCAAGCCUCCUGCCUAUUGCAAAUAUAAAAUUUUAUUCACUAGCCCUCCUUAUCACGAAACCCCCUGAAGACAUAGUUCCAACACAAUUUGACAAAGAAAACAGUAUCAGUGGUUUCUUAAAAUUGCUUUAUUUGAGAGGCACUCAGGGAGGAAGAGAGAGAGAGAGAGAAAGCACCCAUCUGCUGGCUCCCUCCCUAAAUGCUUGCAAUGGCCAAGGCUGGGCCAGGGCUUAAUCCAGUAGCUGGGAACUCAAUCCAGGUCUCCCACGUGGGUGCCAGGAACCCAACUACUUGUGCCACCACUGCUGCCUCCCAGGGUCAGUAUUAGCAGGAGGCUGCAGUCAGGAGCUAGGGAUGGAACCCGGGUACUCCCAUGUGGGCUGCAGUAUCUUAACUGGUGUGCUAACCACUAGGUCAAGUGCCAACCCUGCAUCAAUGGCUUUUUGUUUUAUUUAAAAAAAAAGAAAAGCUUGGAUGCAUAGUGUGAGAACCAGGUCCCAGUGGGGAAUUUAGCAAAGUUGAUCUCCUUUUCCAUAUCUAGAACAGGGAAUGUACUCCCAAGCUAAGCCAAGCUCCUUCCACUUGGUAUCCAUGUUUAUGUUCUCAUUUAUGCUUUCUUUCAAAUACUUUCCAGGACGGACUUUUGAGAGGAUUAUGAUUUAUACUUCUCUCUUGAAUUCCAGCACAUUAAAGUGGUACCUAUUGUUUUUUAUUUUAUUUUGAGAAAUAAGCUGCUUGGGCUUUAUGGAAAUUUGGGAGGCAAUUUAGCCUGUCAUUUAGGAUAGUUCUAUAUAAGGUGGUGAACCCCAUGCUGUGCAGCCAAUGACGCUGUAUCAUCAUUCUUCAAUCUUGAAAAAGUCGUUCAGGUUGGGAACAGGCCAGCAAUCAUGUGACUUGAGCUAGGAAAAGGCUUUAAAAAUCCAGUUCAGAAGAUACUCAUGUAAAUAUCUUGAACCCAAGGAAUUCAAAGGAAUUUAAAGAAUAAGACUUAUUUGCCAGCAUGACUGGGCCAUUUAUUCCCCACUGAUGAGUGGUAGACUUGUCCAAUGCUCAGGCACUAACCCAGGUUUUAAAAAUCAGAUUUAUGCCCCAAAUGAGUGGUUCUCAUUAAAAUUGUUUGAGGUUAUUUUCUAAUAAUCUUUUUACUUAGAAUUAAUUUUAAAGUUACAGAAAAGUUGCAAAGACAGCACAGAGGCUUCCUGCACACCCCUCACCUAGCUCCAGUGCUAACAAAUCCUGCUGACAAAGCUGUGACCCACAUUUGUGGAAUGCAAAUCUCUGAGGAUGGGAUUCAAGAAUCAGUAUUUCCUUGAAGCUUCUUCCCAAGUAGAAUGGAGGUGAAACCAAGGUUGAGAACCUCUGCUGCAAGUGCAGUCAGCCAACCUACAGUAUGGUCAUCGCCUGGGAACUUGUCAGAAAUGACGCAUUCCAGAUGUCACCCCAAACCUACUGCAUGGAAAUCUGCGCUUUAGCCAGCUCUCAAGUCUUCAGUAUCUACAUUAAGUUUUGGGAAGCAUUGUACUCUUUACAAAAGAUUAAGCAGACCACACAAACCUAGACCAAAUCACUGUCAAAUGUAUGUUUGUGUUUAUUACAAAUUUUUUCUUUUUUCUUUUAAUUUAACAGGUAGAGUUAGACAGUGAGAAAGAGAGACAGAGAAAGGUUCUCCUUCUAUUGGUUCACCCCCAAAUGGCCGCCACGGCCAGUGCACUGUGCCGAUCUGAAGCCAGGAACCAGGUGCUUCCUCCUGGUCUCCCGUGCAGGUGCAGGGCCCAAGCACUUGGGCCAUCCUCCACUGUACUCCCGGGCCACAGCAGAGAGCUGGACUGGAAGAGGAGCAAUCAGUGCCCACAUGGGAUGCUGGCACCACAGGCGGAGGAUUAACCAAGUGAGCCAUGGCGCCGGCCCCUAUUACAAAUUUUUUCAUCAGAUAUAUUUGGAGGCUUAUUGUGUGAAAGAGAUGAAUCCGAUUGGCAUUCUACCCUCAAGGAGACCUACUCUAGUAAGGGAAAUACGAACGUGUUAAGGAAGUGAUGGCAUUUGUUCUGCAUGUGGAAGGACAUCUAGAGAAAGAUAUGUAAAAGAUAAGUGAUGUAGUUUCAAUAAAUGAAGAAUCUCAGGGAAGAAUUUUCUAAAGCUUUGGAUGAAUCACUUUGUUUAUAUAUUUAAUAACUAUUUAUUCAGCUCUUGCUAUUGCUAUGUGAAUAAGAUACUGUAACUGCUUAAGAGGCUUUUACAACCCAGUGGGGAAGACAAACACAAAGCAGGUAAUGACACAAAUAAUUCACUAGUGUCAGUAGUGGUAAGUGCGAGGAAAGGGACAGAUGGGAUGUUAGGAAUCCAGGUGACAGGACUGCCCUAGACAGGGGUGGUAGUUGUAGAGUGGUUUCCCUGAGAAGAUAACGUCAAAUUGAAGAAAGCUUUAGCUAGACAAAGAGCAGAGGGAACUCCAAGCAGAGGGAACAACAUGGACCAAGGCCAAAGCCAAAAGAAAUGAACAAAAGAGUACACCAAUGAAACAGAUGUUCAGUAAUCCAUUGUUCAAUUCUACAUUUUCCAUUGCUUCUCGUAUUGGGUACAAGUAGCCUGGCCUUCCAGCAUCCUUCCUCUUCUUUAUAGUAAACAGUUAUAUUGAUAUACAGUUUCCAUACAAUAAAAUUUACCCAUUCACCCGUCUUAAGUAAUGCAAUGGUUUUUGGUAAAUUUACUGGGUUGUGCAGCCAUCGUCCAUGUAACAUCCCUUAUGCCCCUUUAUAGUGAGCCCCCAUUCCCAUUCCUGACCCCUGGAAGCCUACUUUCUAUCUCCUAGGGAUAGAGGCCCAUGAGUGGAUUGAUUGGUCUUAUGAUAAAUUUAUGUUAAGUUUUAAACAACUGUUGAACUCUUUUCCAACUGGUGGUAAUAUUUUCCAAUCUCAUCAGCAGUAGAUCCCAUGCACCUCGCCCCUGGGAACACUUGGUAUUGUCAGUCUUUUUGAUUACAGACAUUCUACUGGAUGUCAAGUGGUAUCUCAUUUCAUCAAGCCCACUUUCUAAUCUUAUUUUGCCAGUCUUGUUGCUCCUAAACCUAUGCUGUGCCUACCAAAGUGAACCUCCUGCUUUUUUUGUUUUUAAUGAGUCUCCUUGAUUUUACCAAAUCAUGCCUUUGUUCACUCUUUGAAUGUAUUACUUGGCUAAAUAUUUUUUGAGAGGUUGGAAAUUAAGAGCUCAAAUUAGUAAUAGCAAAGACCUUUGACUUCUGCACAAUAUGGACACUUCCAAAUUUCUCUUAGAAAUCCCACUGUCAUACCUUUCAAAGCAUCUUACCUGCCGUCUUGGUCACACAUGACCUAGAUCAGUGCCUAUGUCUGAGCUAUGGAGCUGCUCAUGCAUCCUCAGGGAAGAAUGCCAUGUGAACUUAGAAAUUAAUAGCAGGAGAAAUGACUGUCCUUCAGGUUAUAAAUUACAAUUCCAGAGACUAAGCCUCACAUUGUAGAAACUGGCUUGUGGCAGCCAAGAAAUCAGAGAAUGGUUUAUUAUUUAGGAAUAAAAUUGCUAGCAGUCUUAGAUUAAUAACCAAAAGAAAAAAGAAGGAAAGAAAGGCUGCUUCUGUAAUAAAAAGCAGAGAUCUGGUAACCCCAUUUCAUUUCCUUUCUCUUGCUGAUUGCUUUUUAGUUGUUUUAGUUUUGAUUAGCACUUCCGUUACAAAAUAGGAAGAAAUUAUGACCUACUUAUAAUAGCUAAAACAAUUGAAAUCAAUGGUUUAAGUGUGUAUUUGGUACUAUAUUAACACUUUUUAAUGUUUGCUUUUGGCUUGCCUGAGCAGAUAACAAAAUUGAUUACACAAUCAACCAGUGCAGAAAGCAUAUUGGAAAAUGGAUGCCCCCAAUGAAUUAAUUAUACUUCUGCUUAUAAUAGUGAAAUGACUUUAAUUUCUAAGUUAUUUCAAACUAGAUUUUAAAUUAAGAAACUUAAAGUAUGUUUUUUUUAACAAGAUGGCUAUUUUUUGAAGAUUGAUCGAUUUGUCAGAAUUACAGAGAGAGAGAUCUUCCAUACAUUGGUUCACUCCCCAAAUCGCAAAUGGCUGCAACAGCCAGGGAUGGGCCAGGCUAAAGCCAGGACUCAGGAGCUUCUCCCAGGUCUCCCACGUGGCUGCAGGGGCCCAAGCACUUGGGCCAUCCUCCACUGCUUCCUAAGGCAUAUUAGCAGGGAGCUGGAUCGGAAACAGAGCAGCUGGGACUCGAACCAGUGCCCAUACGGGAUGCCAGUGCUGCAGAUGACAGCUAAACCCACUGUGCCACAGUGUCAGCCCCUAAAAUAUGCUUAAAUAAUUCUGAGUAGUUGGGGAAACACUUCUCAUGAUAAGGCAAGUCACAUGAGCCAUUCAAUGACAUUAAUUCAACCUAGAGUUUUAAUAUUUUCUCUUGAGUUCUCAAGUUUGGCUAGCUUAAAAAUACUUCUGUGAUAGAAUUGAAACCUAUGAGAAAUAUAUAUGUCUGUAUAUUGGAUGAAAUUCACCUGUAUAAGUAAAAAUCCUUUCAAUAUAGUCCAAUUUUAAAAACCUAUUAAAAGCUGUUGGUUGCUUUCAUUAUUUUCAGGUGGAAGCAGUGUUGUCAGAAAAUUUUCUUUUGAAGACUAUUCCGGACAUGCAGUAGUAGUUAUACUGUUUAACUAGAAGACAGAAUGAAUAAUUAGAAAAAGAGAGACUAGUGGCAAAUGAGCCUCUGUUUCAUCCCCAGAGUUGUUAGAUGAAGAAGCUGUGCCAAUUCCACAAACCCGCAUUAAUCCCUAUAUCCCUUCUGUCUCAGAGGGUCACCCUCUCAUCUACUCAUCCUGUCCCCACUUAUCUCCGGAAUUCACGUCAAACCAACCUCACUGGGUCCCUGCUCUCUCUCUCCUACACAUGCUUUCACUUUCUUCCUCUCUGUUGGCUCUUUCCCUCAAUUUAUAAACACAUACAUGGUUCCCCUGCCUUUAUUACACACACACACGCGCACACACACACACACACACACAUACACACUUGGGACGUUCAAGCGAGAUAACCUUAUAGAUUCAUGUUUGGAGAUAGUUUAUAGUCUAUAGAAUAUAAACUUGAUCACAUGAUGGGAAACGUGCAGAUGCUAACCAUGUGCAGAGAUGACACUAAACACACGAAGCUGCUGAAGCUGUGAGACUGGCACAUCUCGGGCUGGAAGGCAGAUGCCAUGAAGCACGCAGCUCCAGUAGGAAUGGGCUCCAUGAGUGCAUCGCAUCAGAUCCAUGAAAGAGGAAGGAGGGGUCACUGCUGAUUGCUGACUGCACUUAGACCUUCCACGACACUGCUGAACUAGAGGCAAAGAAGGAAGUGGAUGCUUCCUUGCCACUAGGACUUGAGUUAAGCAAUGUGUGAAUCAGAAAUAUUCAACAACAUUGUGGAUUCAGGGCCUAUGGAGUUGGGAGAUUGCAACUACAAGAUUUCCAAAUGAUAAGAACAGUGAGAAAGGAAACUUUGUCUCCCAAUGAAGAUGAAGCUACUCAAUAAAAUUUCAAAGCACAGAGAUAAUUAUUACUAAGAAAAAUGUUAAAAAUAAAUAAUUAGCAUAGAAAUCACAUGUGCGAGGUUAAAAAUAACUUGGGAAAAUACUUAAAAUAAGCAUAUUUAGGGUCCUGAAAGACACCAAGAAAGGAAUAGUAUUAAUAAAACAAGAAUGAUAAAUUAAGAAAAACAUACAGAAACGAAGCAGAAAAGCACAUACGAAGAGGAGUAAGGUAGAAAUAUUUGAUUAUAAAUAUGAUUAUUUAAAUUAAAAACUUAACCAAAUAAACUUGGACUACACAGUUGGAAAAUUGGCAAUUGAGAAAAUAAACCAAUUGAUAUACCUGUAAAAGGCUCCAACAUAUGUCUGGUAAGUACUUCAAGAAGAGUAGAGACAGUAUUAUAAGUAGUCAUUAAACAUAAUGGAUGAGAAUGUUGAAGAAAUGAGAAAAAAGACAGGCGGCCUCAGAUUGAAACCAUUGUGAAGAUGCCUCUUUCAACUUGUCAGUUCUGCCCUUGUACCUUGAAAGCAGCCAUAUGUAAGGAAUGGAUAAUUUAUAAACAAAUGACCAUUUCUGUGUUCCAGUACAACUUUAUAUACAAAAUCAGGCAGGGGGCAGAUUGAAUCAGGUCGGGAGUCUAUAGUUUGAUGACCUCUGAAGAGUAACCAUUGUUUAUUUUCAUGUGUGAUUUAAAAGAGACCAUGUCAUUAGUGAAUCACACACGACUUGGACCACACUUGCUCUUCUGAGCACGCACUUUGGAACAACUCUUCAGUAUCCAUUAGAAAAACAUGGGCAGAAGUCCCUACUCCAUGAAUGCUGAUGAACGAUGCGCAUUGUAACCACAGCUGGUGGGGGGUCACUGAGGAUGAUGUACAUCACGGGACUCUGCAAGUCCCACUUGUUCAUCUCUUUUUGCUCUACUGUACUCCCCCUGUAGCAGGCAGCUGACAUUCACAUCCCUCUCCCCCCCUUCCUCUCUCAGCACCACUCUGCAACCACACUGGCCCUCCAUCUCCUCUCACUCCAGCUCCAAACAUGCACUCAACCUGCAAAUCCCAACAGCCCAGGAAAACAAAAGCCCAGGAGCUCCAGGCUCAGAGAGAGAAUAUCCCAGGUCUUAGCCACAAACAGAUCACCUUACUGCUUCCAGCACAUUCUAGGGACGAGCUCAUGUCAUGCUGUUCAGAUGUACCUCUACAACAUUUUUGUUAUUUGAGAGGGAGCGUGAGCUAAUGAGCAUUCCCAUCUGCUGGUUCAUUCUCCAAAUGCCCACAGCAGCUGGGGUAGACAGGCUGAAGCCAGGAGCCCAGAACUCAAUUCAAAUCUCCCACAUGGGUAGCAGGGACCCAGCUACUAGAGCUGUCACCUGCUGCCUCCCAUCCCCAGGGUAUGCAUUGGCUGGAAACUGGAAUCGAAUCGGGAGUGGAACUGGGUCUCAAAUCCAGGCACUCCAAUAUGAGAUGCAGGCAUUACAAGUGGGAACCUAACCUCUUGUCCACACAUGUGCCCCACCUCACUGGUUUUGAAGACUUCAUAGUAACUCACUGUUUAGGCAUGUGUUGUUGUUUACAUAAUCAGGCCCCAGUUGUGAUCAAGAGGCUACAUACUGAAAAUCUUCUCUUGAUGGAGCUUUCUUUCCCCCUCACAAAUCCACUCAGUACAGUUGCAUUGUAUCAGCCAAGAUACUUUAUACAACCAUGUGGAGAGAAAAUUUCAGCAUAAACUCCAGAACCGUAUUUUAUCAGAAAAAAGGUCAUGUUUUUGAAACAGUAAACAGGUUUUAAAAGAAAUAAAAAAAGAGCAUGCGAAGUCAGCAGAAAUUCAAGUUUACCAAGGUCUCAAGAUCUUUGUCGUGUGACUGUGGGAUAAGGUCCACAAGCCUUUGUGAAUCUGUUUCUCAAAGAAUGGCGAUGAAACAGUUGUCAUUGGCUACAAGGUAGGAUGAUAAACAUCUGUCGUCGUUUCCUGUGGCUGCUGUGACAAAUAACCUCAAAGCUGGGAGCUUCAAACAACGGAAGAAAUCUGCAGUGAAGGUUCCAGCAGGGCUGCGCUCCCGCUCCCUCCAAAGGCUUUUGGAGAGAGUCCGUCCUUCCUCACCUCCUCGAGCUUCUGGUGGCUCCAGGCGAUGCCCGGCUUGUCCCUGCAGCCCUUGCACCUGUCUCCUCUGAAUCUGUGGCUUCUCCUCUCCUGGCUCUUGGAGGAACACUUGUCAUUGUAUUCAGGGUCCCCAUGCAUUAUCCUGGAUGAUCUCAUGUCAAGGUCCCUAACUUCAUUGCAUCUGCACAUAUCCUUUUCUCAUGUUCACGAGUUCUGGGGAUCAGGAUGUGGACAUAACAUUUUGCAGUCCACCAUUCAAUUCCUGCAGUAUUCCUUCGGUCAUCUCGAUCCAUGUUAGAACGGUCUGAAGAGCAGAUUAGGGCUGCUUCUAGUUUGGAAGAACUGCUGCGCAUCACGCACGCUGAGGACUGGAAGCUGUGGCAGUGCCGGCUGAAGCUCAAAAGUCUCAGCGGAGUGGACGCUCGCUCAGCCUCUCAUCGGUCCACCAGGUUCGCAGCGACGUUCUAUGACAUUGAAACACUAAAAGUCAUAGAUGAGGAGUGGCAAAGAACCCAGUGCAGCCCGCGAGAGACGUGCGUGGAGGUGGCCAGCGAGCUGGGGAAGAGCACCGACACGUUCUUCAAGCCGCCCUGUGUCAAUGUGUUCCGCUGCGGCGGCUGCUGCAACGAGGAGAGCCUCAUCUGUAUGAACACGAGCACCUCGUACGUCUCCAAACAGCUCUUUGAGAUAUCGGUGCCUUUGACAUCAGUACCUGAGUUAGUGCCUGUUAAAGUUGCCAACCACACAGGUUGUAAGUGCUUGCCGACGGCCCCUCGGCAUCCAUACUCAAUUAUCAGAAGAUCCCUCCAAACCACAGAAGAAGACCGCUGUUCCCAAUUCAAGAAACUCUGCCCUAUUGACAUGCUGUGGGAUAGCAACAAGUGUAAAUGUGUUUUACAGGAAGAGAAUCCACUUGCUGGAACAGAAGAUCACUCUCCUCUCCAGGAAUCUGCUCUCUGCGGGCCACACAUGCAGUUCGAUGAAGAGCGUUGUGAGUGCGUCUGUAAGACCCUGUGUCCCAGAGACCUCAUCCAGCACCCGGAAAACUGCAGCUGCUUUGAGUGCAAAGAGAGUCUGGAGAGCUGCUGCCAGAAGCACAAGAGAUUUCACCCAGACACCUGCAGCUGUGAGGACAGAUGCCCCUUUCACACCAGAACAUGUGCAAGUGGAAAACACGCGUGUGCAAGGCAUUGCCGCUUUCCAAAGGAGAAAAGGGCUGUCCGGGGACUCCAAAGCCAAGAAAAUCCCUGAUGCAACUCUGAUUCCAGGUCCCCGCGCUGUCAUUUUAAACAGCACACUGCUUUGCUGAGCUGCUGCCAUUGUUUCCCCAGGUGUUAGGGGAAAAAAAAUCUAUUUUACAUAGUGCUCUCCAGAUGUCUUUAGCGGGUGUCGAGUGGAAGAUUGGUCUUCUCACUGCAGAUGUCUCUGCACACAAAGUAAUGGAGUGGAGGGGGCCUAAAGAACCCUUCUUUGAUUGAGUGAGCAAGAUUGGCUUGUCAGGGAAUGACAGGUGCCAGAGCUCACGAGGCAAACCGCACAAUCUCUGAGUGUCUGCUAAUUGCAGCUCUCUUGUGAACGAGUCUCAUUCUUAUGCAGAGUUUGAUUUGUAUGAGCCACACGGACUUUCUGUCCAGCUUGUAGUUUCCUAGUUAGUGAACUACUGUCUGAUGUUCCAUAUUUAAGUGUAGUUAAUGGAAAUAAACACCAUUAUUCAAGUCAUAAAA